AUGUUCAGAAUGUGGCAAGUUCUUUGCAAGAAGGGGAUAUCUUGCUUCACCAAAGGAUUCACACAGGAAAGAAACCAUUUAAAUGCUCAGAAUGUGGCAAGUGCUUCUCACGCAGAGAAACACUUGUGA